UUUAAGUCUCUCAACGUUCAAAACCCGACUCUUCCUCGAGUUUCAAUUAUCAAAGGAAUGGUCAAUUUCGAAGAAAUGUGUAGAGGAGAAUCGUCACAAUCUGACACGUAACCACAUCUCACCGAGAACGCAGCCCUUGUCUCGUUUCUCUUCAUGUUUGUAUAUAAACAUAGAGAGAUAAGAUCAAGAAAGAAUGACAUAACUCGUGUGUAGUUUUCACCUAGCAGAACAGAGUUAUAACUGGGCUUUUCUUUGUUUGUCCUCGGGUUUGUGCGGUGAAAAUGGAGAACAAGAUCAGUAAUGGAAACGAAGAUGGUCCGAAACAUAGCCAAGUGGUGAAGAUAAAGAAAGAAUUCGAAAAGAUAAGGCAGCCAUCGCUGAGAAAGGUCCUCGCCGAGAUCAAGAGGCGUCAACGUUCACGUUCACCACUCGGCUUAGGUGAGAGAUCUAUUCCCGUCGGGAACUGAUGAGAGAUAUAGUAGUAGUACUAGACUACUAGUAGUAGAAGAACCUCCUUACGAGAGAGGGUUCUUAAUACUUAUAUAGCGUCUUGCAGCCUUUGUUGUAUAUAUGACAGCUUGUAUUAUGUCAUGUAAAUACUCUUUGGUAAGAACAUGAACUAUGAAUCUCCCUUCUUUGCAGAGUAAAA